AUGCGCUGCAGCAACGCGACGCCCGAUGGCAUUAGUCUGGCUUCGUUGAUGCGACGCAGUCCCAGCAGCGAGUGGGAAGAGACGCUCGAUAACUUUGGUGCGCUCUCGGGUCUCUUGAGUCCAUUUGCUACUAGCCUGGAAACGCCCGAGUUAAGCGGUCUCGACCAGUUCCUGUUGGCGGCAGCCGACGACUGUGUCGAGUCGUGCGUUGCGGAUCUAGACGCGACGCCGGACUCGCUCCUGUUUGCAGCGGACCAGGCGUUCCUUGACGAGAGAGAGCAGGACUUUGCGAUGCUGUUGGCUGGAGACUUUGACCCACAUGCUGGCAGCGACGAGCUACGGCGCCUCAUGGAGUGGAAACUAGAGCCCCAAGUACUGGAACAGCCGCAGCUGCAAUCGCAGCGAGUGUUGACUCCACCGACCACGUCCAUGACGACAAAAAUGACGUCAGGAGCAUCUGUUGAUUGCCAUCGCAAACGGGAGAUGGCAGAAGGGCAGCGACAUUGGGAUGAAGGGGGUGCGUCUUGUCAGGUGGAAAAGAAGGUGAAGAGAGCGGAGAAAGAGUUGGCAACGUCGAUAGCAAGCGAGGCAAAGACGAGUGAGCAGACGGAGAAAGCGUAUCGACGGCGAUACGACAUUUUGCAUGGCAUUUUAGAGGCGUGGAACACGGGAGGCAUUGAAGAUCUGGAGGAGAUUGCGGCGAACGUGUAUGACGACGACGUUACUCUUUUCAGUCCCGACUACGCUGAUUGUUUGCGUGGGGUGGACGCUGUCAUGUCACAUUGGAGUCUAUUGCUGGAUGCCUUUCCUGAUGGUAUCAUGGAGGAGUACAUUAUACAGCGCGAGGAUGGCAAGAGCGACAAGAUGAAGGCCACGUGGCUUUUUAGCGGCACGCAGAUCUUCCCUAUCUUUGGCGUGCAGCCUCGGCACAAGAAGGUUUGUAUUCGAGGCUGCUCGUUCUUUACAUUCAAAGACGACCGAAUCCGACAGAUAGUGCUCUCGUGGGACUAUCGUGAGACGUUACAAAAGCUGACGGGGGUACAUGUUGACAAAACCAGCAGUAGCGAAUUCAGUGCAAUUACUCCAGCAGUAGCUUUUCGUUCUUAA